GCCUGCGCCAUUUGAGGCUUCAGACGAUUUUCCAACCAUCCCGCACGAAUAACUGGACUGCUAGUCUGAUAAUUUGGCGGCCGCUCAGGCCGGGGAAAUUGCCCUCUUCCUUCUUUCUCCUGCCAGAACACGCUUGAGAGUGCGUCCCUACGAUGCCCCGAGAUCCACUCAUCGGGCUUGUGGGAAAACCAUCCUCUGGCAAGUCGACGACUUUAAACAGCUUGACAGAUGCUAGUUCGAAAGUCGGCAACUUCCCUUUCACGACGAUCGACCCUCAAAGAGCCGUCGGAUACCUCCAAGUCGAUUGUGCCUGCAAGCGACAUGGCCUUACCGAAAGGUGCAGGCCGAAUUACGGUUCAUGCGUGGAUGGCAAGAGAUCGGUGCCGAUAGAGCUGCUUGACGUUGCCGGACUGGUCCCUGGUGCACACGAAGGUAGAGGACUCGGUAAUAAGUUCCUGGACGACUUACGCCAUGCGGACGCUCUUAUACAUGUGGUUGAUGUCAGCGGAACCACGGACGCCGAUGGCAAAACAACCCGAGGUUACGACCCAAGCGUAGACAUCGAAUGGCUGCGUGGCGAGAUUGUUCGUUGGAUCCAAGGGAACUUGAUGGAGAAAUGGGGGAGCAUCAAGAGACGGCAUCUCGCCGUGAAGGCCUCGCCGGUGGAAACUCUCCAAGCACAAUUCUCAGGCUACGGUAGCACCAGCGCAGUCGUCGCCCGGUGUUUGGACAAAUUACAGUUGAAACAACCACUCGAGGAAUGGAGCGAUGAGACUAUCCUCAAAGUCGUCAAUGCCUUCACCGACGAGAAGUUCCCUACCGUGCUUGCCUUGAACAAGAUCGACCAUCCUGAUGCAGAUCGCAACAUUGCUAAGAUUGCGAAGCAACAACCGGCAGACCGAAUCGUUCUCUGUUCCGCCAUCUCAGAGGUGUUCCUACGUCGGCUGGCGAAGCAAGGCUACAUCAAAUACAAAGAAGGAGCUGACUUCCUCGACACCCGGGAAGACCUGAUUGAGCAGGGUGAUCCUAACGGUGGAGGGCUUAAGGAGAUGGAUGACAAGCUAAAACAACGGAUAGAAAAUCUCAAGGAUAUGGUGCUCUAUCGCUUUGGGAGUACCGGCGUGGUGCAAGUUUUGACUCGCGCAGCAGCAAUGCUAGGUCUUGUACCGGUCUUCCCUGUGAAGAAUAUCCACACAUACGGGUCGGGAACAGCUGGGUCCACGGCUGUUUUUAGAGACUGCGUGCUGGUGAAGAAAGGCAGUACAGUUGCGGAUGUGGCAAGAAAAGUCAUGGGGGAUGCCCCCAUCGCAUUUGUGGAGGGGGACGGUGGGAGGAGGAUCGCAGAAGAUUCGAUAGUAGAGGUUGGCAAGAAUGAUAUAUUGUCUUUCCAUGUCGGGAGGUAGUGCUUGCACCCUCACUAUGCGGCAAAGUCUCAAAGGCUAGAAAUCACGGAGAGCAAUUCAACAAGAUGAAGCAGUCUCAUUGUUCCAAUACGUGGUCGGUGUUCAGAUGACAGCCGUAAUGAUGAUACAAUCUCAAUGGCCAUACCAG